AUGGCCGUCGAAUCAAAUGCCACCCCGGCAGCAGUGAAGGAAGCAUUCGAACAAGAGAUCUACUCCUCGGAUGGCACUGGCGUGCGCUUUGGCUCCCUCUUCGGCUCUGUCGACACCUCCGAGCCAGUAGAGGAACGAGUCCUGGUCAUCUUCAUUCGCCAUUUCUUUUGUGGAAAUUGUCAAGAAUAUGUCCGUCGAUUGUCAUGCCCCGAAUCACCAUUCCAUCCAUCUCAGAGACUCGCCAACGACAUCUGUGCCAACCCGACGAAAAACGGCUCGAAACCUGUUUCACAUCCGCCGCCAUCGGUGAUCAUCGUCGGGCCUGGCCUGCCAUCUCUAAUCCGAUCUUAUACGGAUCUCACGCAAUGCCCCUUUCCUGUAUACGCCGACCCAUCCACGCGCUUAUACGACAUCCUGGGAAUGCACCGAACUCUGUCGUUAGGAAACAAAGCACCGGAAUAUAUCCAGCGCUCCCUCCUCAGCAGCGCCGUGAAGUCCGCCUGGCAAGUCGUUAAGCGGGUCUGGAGCGGUGAUGCAAUGGGCGGUGGUAACUGGGAAGUUAACGGUGGAGAGUUCUUGUUUGCGAGACACGAUGGGGGCCGUGUUUGUACCACGCACGACCCGCCCAAAUCGGACUUGCCCUCGAGACGAUCAAACAGACGAACAGGCUGGGCGUCAGGAUCAGCGAUUCAUGGGUUGGGCUGGGAAGUAUCCUGGUGCCAUCGAAUGCUUAACUCACGCGACCACACCGAGCUCGUUGACUUGCAGCACCACACUUGCUCCACCAUAUCUCCCAUCCACAUACACGCCCGAGUAGACUCUCCGCCGCAGUCGAUCCUCGUUAGAGGCAAACAUCAUGUCCAGCUGGAAAUCAAAUCCCAGGGCUACUCCAGCCAAUGCCUUGGUUCAUGCCCGGGUCCCGACAUACCCAGAUUCCGCAACGAAGCUCCUAUUGACCAUGAUUCUCCACGGCCGCGCUCUAGGCUCCAUGGCAGACUAAGGUCGCGGAGUCAAACCACAAGCUUGCGCCGAGCGGGAACCCUACCAGUGCCUACCGGAACAACAACUUCUAUGCGGCUCGAAUCGCCGGCGUCAACUGUCCUGUUCAUGGGAACACAGCCGCCGCAUACCUCGAGCACUAUCGAGGAGGGGGAGGAGAGGGGGGAGCUCCCACCGCGGAAAAGUCUCACGGCCAGUACGGUCGAUCGUGUUGGGGUGUUAGUACGUGCCAAAUCGAUGUCGAAUCGGGCGGCGAGAUCAGGGACGAAGACACCAAUUGGCGGAAUCUUCAGAACAGCGAGCAGGGCGACGUCGCUGGUUCAUUCAAGACGUCGGCCUCAAUCGAAUGCGGGUUUUCAAUCGGAUCCAGACCCAGACAACAGCAAUAUCUCUCGGUCCAGCUCGUCUCUACCGUCCCGGUUGGAUACUCCUUCAAAGGCACGUCCCAAGUCCUCGCCACGAGGUCAUGCGCACAAGCGUACUAGAACCUUCUCGUUCUCCAAGCCAGGUAUGAACCGUGGGGAAGUGAAGAUAGGCGAUAACGGAGUCAUGCUCGUCAAUGGCGUCGAGUUCAUCAAUGUGAUUUCUGUCAAGGCUCGGAUCGAACGUGUCGAUAGUGGGAUCCGCCAUGUGGAUUUUGACCGUUCUGUUCGCUGA